AUGUGGAUAACAUUCCUUGUCCUGUUGGCCGCGAGUUGCUCUGCGCGGCUCUUGACGAUUCCGACGAUCCCGUUUAAGCCCACAAAUGGUUCUUUAUCGAUCAGCAGUCUCCGGUCCAUCGUCGUCGAUGAGAAAUACGUCGACGCGGUGAAUGAAGAUGGCGAAACGCUCAUCCCACCCACAUUGCUAGAGUUUGCUCAAACCUUCGCCACGGACUUCAGCAAAACCCUCGGGGUGAACCUGACGCUGGCGACUGGCACCGCUGCUGAAGCAGGCUCAAUCUUUCUGACGCUGGACCACGCCACCGACUUCCUCGAUGCUGCCGGGCGCCACACAUCUGAGGGCUACAGCUUCUCGGUAACAGGCAAUGAUGUGACGAUUGCCGGAGCCAGCCCUUUGGGAACAUGGUGGGGAACUCGAACCCUCCUCCAGGCCGCAGUGCUCAACAAUGGCACCAUACCGGCGGGUUCCGCGAUUGAUGCUCCCGGGUGGGCUACGCGCGGUGUCAUGCUGGAUGUCGGGCGCCAUUACUACCCACCCGAGUUUCUGGUCGAGAUGUGCUCGUACCUCAGCUUCUUCAAGCAAAACACUUUCCACCUGCACCUGAGUGACAACAUGGGCAGCGUCUACCUGGACAACUACGACUUCAUGAUGGGUCUGUAUGCCGCCUUCCGCCUCGACUCGGACGCCGACUCUCUGGCCGGGCUCAACAGGCGUAAGAACGAGUCCUACACCAAAGACGUCUUCGAGAAGAUGCAGCAUGACUGCGCCUCCCGCGGCGUCACCAUCGUCCCAGAGAUCGAAGCGCCGGGCCACGCCCUCGUCAUCACGCAGUGGAAGCCCGAGCUCGCCCUCAGCACCGACUACAGCAUGCUCAACCUGUCGCACCCGGACACGCUGCCCACAGUGCAGGCCAUCUGGCGCGAGUUCCUGCCCUGGUUCCACAGCAAGACGGUCCACAUCGGCGCCGACGAGUACGACUCGUCGCUCGCAGCCGACUACAACGACUUUGUCAACGCCCUCAGCACCUUCAUCCGCACCGAGUCCCCCUCCCACUCCAUCCGCAUCUGGGGCACCUUCCCGCCCUCGCCCGCCUACGCCAACAACAUCCCCCCCUCGGCGGCAUCCAUCCAGCACUGGGAGUUCUUCGAAGACAACCCGCUCACCGACUACCUCGCCCGCAACUACUCGGUCCUCAACUCCGACGACGCCUUCUACGUCGUCAACAAGUGGUCCGGCUCGUACCCGCAGUCCCUCUCCAACCGCACCCGCAUCUUCCACGGCGACCCCUCCGCCCCCGGCGGCGCGCCCUUCGCCCCCCACGUCUUCGACACCUCCAACGCCACCAACAACCCUCCCCGCACCCACCCGCGCCUCCUCGGCCACGUCGCCGCCCUGUGGAACGACUGCGGGCCCAACGCCACCACCUACUCCGAGGCCUACUACGCCUGGCGCGACCUCCUCCCCGCCCUCGCCGACAAGCAGUGGGGCGGCGCCGGCGGCGGUGACGCCCUGACCGAGCCCGCCUACGCCGCCGCCUUCCCCGCCCUGCACGCCGCCGUCCCCGCACAGAACCUCGACCGCCGCAUCCCCUCCCCCGCCGGCGGCCCCACCAUCCUGCGCUACGACUUCGCCGACGUCGUCGUCCAGCCCGCCGCCACGGUGGUGCCCGACUCGAGCGGGAACGCGUACCACGGCGCCAUCGUGGGCGGCGGCGGCGGCGGCAACGGCAGCGACGCGUGCGGCGUCGACGUGGAUGUUGCGGGUGCGGCGGGUGGUGCGGCGCUGCGCCUGGAUGGCUCCUGUUUCGUGCAGACGCCGCUGUCCAGCAAGGGCCGCGACUACACGCUUUCGUUCGCCGUCCGUCCGGAUCCCGACCCUGCUGUCUCCACGCCCGGCGGCGCGCUGUUCACCGGCGGUGACUCGGCGCUGCUGGCUGGCAACGGGUCGAGCGAGAAUGUGAUGCUCGUCGCGGCGGGGUAUGGCUUCGCGCUGAAUUACAGUUUGCCGCGGGGCGCGUGGACGGAGCUGAGUCUGGUGGGGAAGGGGAACAGGACGUUUUUGGAUGUGGGGGGCGAGGGCGGGCGGAUGGAGUUUACGACGGUCAUGGGGAUUUUGGGGAAUAGUUUCGUUUGGGGGAGCAUGGCGGUGGAGGCACCGGUGGGGAGGAUCGGGGAGGGGUUCGUGGGGUGGGUGAGGGAUGUCGUGUUGAGGGAUGGAGCUGAGUGA